CGGACAGGGGCGCGCCGCGCUCACAACGGAGAAUUGGACCGACGGAAUCUCUUGUGUGGAUUUUUGUCCGGACAAUUUUCUCCUAGGGAGGUCGAGGCCGGACGCGAGGUGACUCUUCCUCGGAGGAUUGGCGUUUACCGUAUGUCGAAAACCUCAUCGACAUGGGUAGAGUAGAAACAUAUCACGUACAUUCGUUGAGAACGGACUCAUCACCAGUAUUGAUCUAUGCGUGCAUGCAGGUGAUGAGCCACGAAAGGCAUGGCGGUCGGUGUAAGAUUACCUUCACUCCAGGGGCCUCGCGCGGGGGCAGCACCAGCAUGGAGGCGCUGCUCAAGGCUCUGGAGCUCAAACGGCAGCACCUGUUGACGGGCAAGUGCGCCGUCUGUGACACGUCACCCGCACGUGGCGACGAGGAGGGGGACGCUAAUCUCACGACGCGGGACAGGCGUCAGCUGGCGGCCAUCAAUGCUGCACUCGGGGUGAUCAACACACAGCGCGAGGUGCCGCCUACCUUUGGGACUGGGUGCUUCGUCUACGAGUCCCGCAGGCUGGUCAUCAUGAGCCACAAGCGAGCACCUAAACCAGAGUGCAGAAAGACUUUUCCAUGGCACCAUGGGAAGCUGCAAGCAAUUCAGGACGCUCUUGUGCUCAAGUACGACCAUGUGUUGAAGAGGAGGUGUUGUCAAAAAGAUUAGUGGCUCACUUACUAUCUGUCUGUGGAGGGAAAUUUUCCCGUUGAUACCUUUUUCGAUUCUCUACGUAGAUUCCGAGUAAGGGGCACCCACUGCGUGGGCACCCCGGGCCGCGAAUUGGGCGGGGGUCCAAAGCAGCGUGCGAAGUGGCGGUGAAUUAUGCGUCACAGAGACAUGCACAGCACGAGUGUUGGCGAGAAGCACACCGACGCAUGCAACAAUAGCGAGAGUGUCAAAAAACAUGCAGACAACAAUGGCGGGAGCUUGAAAAACAUGCAGAUCUCGAAGACAGACGUGGCAAUAACAUGCAGGUACUCAAGAGGGCUGCAGUAAGAACACAAGACACGCCCUUGUUGAAGACGUGCUUGGCCAAGUAUAUCAAUGCAUCGAUGCAUUGAUAUGUGAACCUAUCGAUAUCCAGCGGUGAUAUCAAUAGACAUGUAUCAAUCUAGCGCGCCUGUUGAAGGGGCUAUUGAAGACUGCCUUCGAUGACUGUCAAUCGGC